AUGGAACUUAACGAUAUAACUGCUUGGCGCGCUCUUUAUCUUCAGACUAUAAAGCGUAAUGACGAGACAGAAAAAUUACCAGUUGUUUACUUAGAUGAGACAUAUAUUCACUCCGGUCAUACAGCUGGUAAAUGUUGGCAGGAUGAUGAUGAAGAUGGAGUAUUAGAGCCUGUCUCCAAAGGACAAAGAUUUAUUAUUGUCCAUGCCGGAGAAGGUAUUCUUCUAAGACCACAAUUGUUGGCAAUUGUCAAUAGAUAUAAGCCCGAACCAGUGUAUGCUGUUGAUGCUAUUUUAAAAGGACUGGGUCACAAGGAAGCUUUUAAUUUCAUUCCCGUCGAAGAAUGGUGCAAUCAUUGUGUCCACGUCAAGAAACUUGAAGAAGAAUCCAGAAGUAAAGUUGGAUAUUUGGAUGCACCUUUCAUCGUUUCAUGCUCUGAGAGUGAAGAAAGCAGUGAUGAUGAUUCUCAAGAUGAAAGUGAUGAAGAAUUUAAUAGCAUUGAACCUCUCGCCAUAGUUCAUGCAGAACAUAAUUGUAGUAAAAAAAUUUGA